AGGAAAGACAGAGCGGCGCAGUGCAUUUGUCGUUCGGUGCCCGCACAGAUCGCCGCCUGGUCAAAACCUCGACCAUGACCCCCGAAUGCGCUCCUCCCCCUGCCUCGGCUUGCUUCGUCUGGUCUCGGUUCCGAAUUGCUUCAUUUACCCCGGCUCGUCUCGACAUCGACUUGCCUCGACUUGCCGGCUGCAGCCAUCCAACCUCAUACUCCACCCACACCGCUUCGGCCGCCCCUUUUCGCCUGACCUCAUGUCCUCCAUCGUCCUUGGCCUCAAGACCUUCGUCGGGGGGUUUGCUGGCGCGGCCGUCUACUGCGCUGGCUCCUUUCUCUACAUGGACCACUACAUGCUGCCUCAACAGAGCCCACCGCCUGGCCACUCGCUCGCUUCUACCGAUGAAUCCAUCCAGCACAUCCAGCGGCACUCGCUGCAAUGCUUCACCAUCAAGGCCAAGGUCGCAUCGCUGAAGGAGCACCUGAGAAAGCCGCACGACCGUCCGGGAUAUCCCGACUACAUCACCGAAGAGCUCCUGCGGUCGUUUUUCACCUCGCCCCUCUACGAGUUCGAGCAGGCCGUCCUCUAUCGUGCCCUGUGCUGGUUCGGCUCGACCACACCGCCCGCACCGCCCCCUGGUCGCCGGAACCUCGAGGCCAUGCUGUUUGAAUCCGGGCGACAUAUCCCGCCCACCAAUGCCAUCCUCUACCGGAGUCCAUCCGAGGCCUUGGCCGUAUGGGGCCUCGACGGCCGCAUUGGCGGACUCAACUGGUUUUCGACCGAACGGGACGAGACCGACCGGGAUACCCUGGUCUUUCACUACGGGACUACAUGCUGGUGGGGCCCCACCCAGCAAGGCAUCAGUCCCCUGGAGCCCGGCUUUUGGCUCUCGAGGCUGCUCGUGCUCCACAAUCGGCUGCUGUUCGAUCUGGCGGUGCGGGGCAUGCAGCGCUAUCAGCACCAGGCUUUUGAUGGACUGCUGUAUACGGCACUUCACUGAGUCUGGCGCUGCCGAGACAAUCUUACUAUCCAUGAACUCUGCUCUCUAUGAUCCUGCUCCUCUGUCUCUUAAUACACUUACUGCCUAUCGAGCAUAGGCCGGAUGGACCUUUGCAGAGUCCUGGCAAAACGCAGCAGCAGGGGGCAGCAGCAGG